AUGAAAAACAUUGGUUACUUUUUAGAUCUACGCUUGAAGAAAGAGAGUCAGAAAUUAAUGCCUUCUGGAUGUCAAAAAACCAGGAUGAAAAGAAGCAUAGAAAAAGAAUUGAAAAUGCCGAGAAGAAGAGCAAGCUGUGUGAUGCUUGGGCUUUCGUCAAUAGUUGACCUUUCUUCCGAAUUCUCUGGUGGUAUGUGCUCCUGGUUUGGUGAGGAAUGGCCAGACCUUAAAGCAAAGGCCCUGUCGCAGAUAAACAUCAAACCAAAGAAAUUUGGAAGUGCAAUUGAAAGUGACAUUAACAGAAUAGAAGAGAUGUUUUUAACAGAUCCCUUCAUUUUCGUGGAUAAAGAAGGAAAUAAACAAAAUUUAACAGAGAUUGAAUUUGUGCUCAAAGUUGCAGGUCCAAUAAUAGAUAUAAUAUUUUCCGAUGUUCAACAUCUUGUUCAGCUUAAAUGGGGAGAAAUGGUUUCAAAAGCAACAGCAGUUGGAAGAAAAAUCGACUUACAAGUUACAUGCCGAGGAAAAAAUCAGGGAAAAAUUGUGGAGCUUAGCCAUUCUGAGUGCGCUUGUAGAACAACUCCUACUAAAAUUAUUAGUGAUCGCAGUAAAUGCCUGAGAACAAAUAAAUCUGUUCUUGAUAAAUAUCUUUCGCAUGAUCUGUCUGAUGAAAUGAUCAAAAAUUCUGCAGUUAUUGGGUUGCAGUUAGCAGCUUUAUAUGGUCAAAUAAUUGGUGUUGACUUAUUAGAUCAUGGAUUGUAUUUUGGUUUUGAAGGGCCACUAUUAAGGUAUCCUGCUCAAAUCAAUGAUAUUGCUGUUCUGAAACAAACUUUGGAAGCAUUAUAUUUCUUUAAGGAAAGUAUUGUUCACAAAGCAGAAGCACUAUUGUGUCUUAAUAAGGAUUCGGAUCCCUUUAGUAAUAUUUUUCACACUGAGAUAAUUUCAAAGCCCCAUCACCAUAAAGCGGAUUUCAUGAGUCCAACUUAUUUUACACCACAAAAAAGAGCAGAAAGAACAAAUGGCAAAUUAAAUAUUUUAUAA